UAUCUAGACGGGUAUGGUUUGUGACACGAGAGGGCUGCGUUGCAAAGCUGGUCACGGUGCAAGCAGAGCCCCCACACUGCGGAAAAAUCGACAGAUUCCAUUUGGCCCAGUCCUAAAUCCCACCAAACACAAUUGUUAAUCCGUUUUCACGAUUUCCCGACGAAUUUUGUCUCGACCCACUUCACAUUAGCCUGUGUAAACACCGGCCUUCCUCGAAGCUAAAUUGCCGAUAGGCGACUCAAGCGUAAACGUAAUAUUAGCUGCUUGGUUAACUGGUGUUGAGGACAAAAGCACACUCGUCGCCAAGUGGAUCCGGCCGCCGCAUCGCUAGCCACGCAUAAUGGAGACCCGCCUGCAGUAUGACCUUCAGGAAAAGCAGCUUAAAUUCCACGUGCGUCAGCGCGUCAGCACGGAGCAGAAGCUGGAGUUCAAGGCGGUCGGAUUGCUGGACCCCUCUACCGCCAGCUUGAGCCACUACCGUGCGGCCCUCAAGCAGCAUGUCACGCUGGGCUCGGGCCCGGAGCUGCGGGACUCGGGGUCCAAGCCAUUCCGACUGGGUGCCGGUGUUGCGGUGGUCUCGGGUCCAGGCGGCUCCUCCGCCAAGCCCGCAACGACCCGUGGGUCAUCCGCGGCCGCCGCUGGCGCCUCUCGCUCGCCGUUCGCCAACGCCUCGCCGCUGCUGACUGUGUCAGCUGAGAAGAAGGUCGGGCUGCUUGACGGCCCCAACACGGUGCUCACGCUGCGGGCGGUGGCGGACUGGGACAUGGCGGACAGGCGGCUGGCCUCCCGCAGUGGCCUCGUCAAGCUCUCCCACACGCUGCCCGGCUUCACGCGGCGGCAGGACCUCAAGCUGGCGGCGGGCAUGACGGUGGACUGGCAGCCGGGGGCGCGGACGGAGCCGCGACCCUCGCUGUUCCUGCAAGCCCGCGAGAACAACUGGGCUGCCACGCUCAAGGAGGGCCGGAUCAACCUCACAUACGAUCUGUGAUUGGGGAAGAGGGGCUAGUAAGGGAAGGCUGGGGGAAGAGCGAAGGCAGGAAAAGAUUGAGACGUGACAAGAUCCACCCGCCGGCUGUACGGCAUACGGCAUGUUUAUUGCAUACUUGGCAUGCAGUCGUACGAACUUGAUGGAGGGUCGCGUCGCGGGGCUAAUUACCUUUGGUGUGUGACAUUGACAUUGAAGAAAACGAAAUGUGUUGAGCAGUAUGGAGGGAAGGCUUCAAGUGUGGGGGCAUUGAAAAGCCGUAUGUACAUGGUCUAAGAUACCGGUACGGCAGCGGGAAAAAUGUUCGGCAGAUUGCUAGACUUAGUUUGGUUCGGGCGCCAGCAGAACUGUAACAUCAGAC